AUGUUUUUUGAGCAGGAGGAGAUACUGGAGCAAUUUCAAAACAUCUCCAACUGCCAAAUCCCUGUGUCCGAGCAGAUUGCAUUGCUAGAGUCUGUGAACUGGAAUUUAGAGCUUGCAUUGAUUCAGUACUGGCAGUUGUAUCCAAGAAGGGCGAAUUUUGAGAGACGAGACGUUAGCAUGGCAACGGAUAAUCCGUCCAAUAGUGCAUCGAAUCAGCGAAGCUGGUUGUCUUCGUUGUUCCAAAAUACAGAGGAGACAUACGCGCCUCUGAUGCCAGGGUCUUUCCCCAUUACCGAAGAACGACAGCCCUCAAAGCUCCACAGAAUUGUCUCUGCCACUUUCAAAUGGUUACUAGAUCAGCUAGUGUUAUUUGUUGUCGUGCCGUUGUACGUCUUAUUACGCAUAUUGGGGCUCGCUUUACUUGUCGUGAUUGGUGGCAUCGUUCCAAUAAUCAUGAAACUGCAUCCAGGUAGAUACCAUGUCAUUCGCAAAAACGCUGAUCCCGCUGAUAUGGCUCGCCGAUUUAUUGUCGACUUUGACGACUUGAUCGGGAACGUGUCUCGCGGAGAACCAGAUGAAAACGAAACAGGAGACCUAAUUAAUCAAGCUGACAUGAUGGAAAUUCAGCGCCCUGAUUUCCUUGAGUGCUCGUAUUCGCACGCUUUGCAUUUUGCUAAAAAAGAUGCCAGAUGGCUCCUGUUGUAUAUCCACAGUGAGAAUCACCAAGACACCAAGAGCUUCAUCCAGGACGUGCUGAUAAAUCCUGAGUUUCUCCAAUUCAUUCGAGAGAAGCAAAUACUCAUAUGGGGUGGAGACAUAAAAGACUGUGAAGCAUAUCAGGUGGCUAAUCAAUUCAAAGUGACUCGACUUCCUUUCCUUGGAAUGUUGUGCUUGACGGUCAACGAGACGCCCACGGCCUCUGGAGUGCAACAGUCGGAUCCGAUUCUGUCUAUGGUUUGCAAAAUUCAAGGUUAUAUGCCUAAUGCUCAGGUUCUUUCCAAAUUGGAGAAAAAUUACAACAAGUUCAAUUCCAAGCUGGAGAGUAUUCGCGCAGAAGUGCAACGUCUUCAUAAUGAUCGCCAGACACGUCAACUGCAGGAUCAGGCUUACGAAAAUUCGCUCAGAAGAGAUCGAAUGCGCAGAAUGGAGGAGGCCCUUUUACAAAGAGAACGGCAAGAGCAAACGCGAGCCGCCACUCUGAGGGAGAAGUGGUUGAAAUGGAGAAAGUCCACGUUAUUGCCGGAUCCCGAGCCUGCAAAUGCCGCACGGAUUGCGAUCCGUCUGCCGGACGGGAAAAGAGUUCGGCACAAUUUCGAUAAGAACGCCAAAAUUGAGGAAAUAUAUGCAUUUGUCGAGUGCAUCUACUUAAACAACGUGGAGAUUUCCGAUUCGGACACUCUCGAAAGGCCCAUUGGCUACAAUCACCAGUACAAGUUUGAUGUGUAUACAGUGUAUCCACGAGAGAUAGUUGUGGUGGACGAUGAUCUGAGCAUUGCCGAUUCCCAACAGGUGUAUCCUGAUGGAAACUUGGUUGUCGAGCUAAAUAGUGAAAAUUAA